AGACACGAUUAAUUUCUUGGCUAUCUAAAGUCAUGUCAAACACAAACACAAACACAAUGCAAGAAGGAACCGAUUUUGAGAGGAGGAUAGAAAGUAUCCUGGUAGAUGCUGGUUACUAUGUGGAGAUGAAAUCCGGGGACGGAGGUGUACACGUAGGCCUGGAAGUACGCUAUAUGACCUGCACGGUUUAUAUCCUGUGCAGGGAUCAUGCGGGGCGGGAACUGGUGCAAGCGCUGGGAGGGGUGCUUGCUAAACGGUCGACAUAUUAUACCUGUCUUGUCGGUAUUGUCGUGGCCUCUGGCUUUACCGACGGGGCACAUCAUGAAGCAAGUACCUGCCCAUAUCCGAUGAAACUAUCGUAUGAAAAUACGAUAGUUGAGGAUAUUAGACACUUAGUCAUGUCGAGCUUGGACGCUCUGGACGAGGAAGAGGAAAAUAGAAUGGGGGUGGAACUGGAGGAUGAACUUAUGCAAGUACGAGCGGAGAACGCGGUGAUUCGGGAGGAAAAUGCAGCGCUUCGGAGGAGGGAUAAUAAGGAGAGACCGAAAGUUAGACGGGAACGGAACAAGUUACAGCACCGACCGUUUGCCGUGCCGAGGAAUGAAGUCCUCGAGCGCAUUACACCCGGUUCAGCGACUGACCAAAACGAGUCAGAUCUCUUACACUCAUACAAAAACGCCAAGUCAGCGCUCUUUGCGCCGUUUCAGCAAUCAAAAAAAGCCAAACUAAAGGAACGUCAUGGAAAAUGGAUAGAAAUCGAUUUGUCUUCCUUUAAUGAAAUUCUUUCGAGCGUACAUGAUAAUACAAACGAUGCCAAGCCAAAAGAUGUUGAAGCAAAUAAGAGUCCAAACCCUACGGGUAAAAAAGUAGGGAAGCGAGCUGCUGUUGCUGAGAUGCAACGGUUCCGUGAAGUACUCCAGCAUCCCUCGUUUAAAGCAGACGCUCUAUCUACGAUACAAGUCCACAUGAAGAAUACUCUUCAGAUGAAACAGAAUACAGUAAAAGCACAUGAAAAGAAUAUGGAUGUUGAUUGA